GCAAUCCAAACUGACGACGAACGCGUUUUUCCUAAGUCGAUUUCACAAUUUUAGAAGCUAUAUAGCCUGUAGCGCUCGUCCAGCAAGAGCGUCACACACUCCGUUCGUGCAGCUGAUGACACCACCCAACAUCUAUCGGCUAGAAAAUGAAUUAAGUGAAUAUGUUAAUAUUUCAUUAUAUAAUAUUACUUUUAAAAAUAUCUCAACCAAAUCAAGUACAUCAACACUUGCACUGAACUUGCAUUUUUUCGAAUUGUCGUCAAUCAGCAGGGGCCAUCACCAGACGGAAUUAUUCUCAUAGUUGUGUCACUUUCUUUGGCAGUUCUUCAGGUAUCCCUUUGCCUUUGGACAAAUUCUCCACCGAUUUGGGUGCAGUUGCCCAAAGUUAAAAAUCCAAGAUGGCUGCUCUUUCUUUCAAACCCUCCCUCCUUUUUUACCCAUUAUUUCUUUAUUUGCUCAACUCAUUUUGGAGCCCAUUCGUUCAGUUUCAGUUUGAUGGUGGUGUGGGCACAGUGUGUGGAUGUGGCUUGUGUUUCUGUGUCCGAGUGUUACUGCAUUGAUGCUGUUGAUACAAUUAUUUUCUAUUUAAAAAAAAUAACAUUGAGACGACAGUUCAGAGUAACCUUGCAUGCAACCGCAUUCAACGGAAAAAUUCUGCAAGUUGUAGCCAAGCGAUUAAUGCUCUCUGACCAGGAAAAAUAUUAAACACGCCGAGUAAUAGGACUCUGGUGUAACGACAAAUGUUGGCUCAUUAUUGGCGCGGACCCGACAUUUUGUACUGCACAGCGCGUCCACCAUUCGCCCAACCAACCGAAUAGAAAAUCUUGUUCAGACUCUGCAUCAGCUGCAACACUCGUCUGAAUCGUCCGUGCAGAGGAAAGUGGCCGGGGAGAUUCUUUAUAUCUGGAAGCUGAGCAAGGUUUUUGGCUGUUGCUGGGUAAAGGAAACUAGUUGGCGUUGCCAGUUACUCAGCAGUCCGCACUCCGCAGCAGUCACUCUUGGCUUGGGGAAGCGUUGGAAUUAACCGGAAGCAGAAGCAUCUAGAUUUGCGGUUGACUGCAUCAUCAUCCGGUUUUCAAAAUGGCGAAAAUUGUGAUCUGGAUGCCCCAUGAUGAGAAACACCCUGGGCAUGUGGCCAUCGCUACCAACGAGUACUACGUCAGUUUUUGGCCGGCUAAAUGUUUUGAACCGCCGGAACAGAAAACAGAGAUCAGAAAAAUUUCAAAAGGAUUCGAUUUCGUGAUGGAAGUGCACAAGGGAUGUCUCGUCUUCCAUCAAGACCUCGACAAAGAAGAUGAAGGCGAUUGUGACCCCGACUACGUGCAUGAAAUCGACGCAGCCAAAGUCUCCAACGAGGAUCUGAAUGUCGAGAUUGAGGCAUUUCUCCGUUACAACGAAAUCGAUCCAGAAGAUGUGACACUGGCGAAAGGUGAGGAGAAGUAUCGAGAAUACAAGGAACUGGUGGUAUCUCUGCCGCCGAAAGAAGCCGAACAAAUAGAAGAUUCGAAACUACCACGCAAAUCGCUUUCUAAAACCAAGUACUCGAUUUCGGCCGAGUUGGUGAGCAGCAGCAAAGACAACUCUGCGCCGUUCUACAACAGUAACCAAAGUUGUGUGUCUCUUGCCUUCAACCUCAUCCAAUUGGCUUGGCUGAAACAACAUCCCAAUCCCAUUCCAAUCGUCAAUCACGAAGGAAUUGCAAGCGAAUCAAAUUUGUCGCAGUCCUCCAUUUGUUCUGCCAUGGCCACGGUUGUAUUCAAUACUAAAACACCAACUCAAUUUGCUUAUAAAGUGCCGUGGUUUGAAAGAGAAGUUGUCCAAAGGUAUAUGAUUGCUCAAGAAAACGAUAAUCGGCCAAUGCUGUCCGUUCAAUUUCUAACAGAUUUCUUGAGCGAAGUAGUGAGCAGCACGAAGCUUAUGUUUGCAAAAAUUGUCGCACUUAUUGUUCUGGGUGUUUUCUUCCCAAUACUUCGUUAUCCUCUAGUUUUUGCAUAUUUUAUUUUGAUGGUGCGUGAAGGUCAUUCGAUUUGGGAUCUAUUCAUUUUGCCUGUAUUAGCAAUAGCAUUUGACUACGUUUCUUCAUGGGGUGUUGUCUGGUCAAUUGUUAUCUAUAAUGCUUAUGUAUUUGUUUACUCGACGAUUAUGAUCUGCAAAGAAAUUUCAGAACCAAGCGAACUAAUUCGUUACGCCUUAGAAAUUACUGUAGCUGCUGGAAGAUUCAUCAGAUAUACCGAAGAAGUUGGUCGGCCCAUCAAUGGUGUUGCUGAUUUCUUCCAGUUGUUUAAAGACUUUAGGGCCUUACAGGAGCAGCCCAUUCAUUGACGCAUAUCGUCCUCUGUAGUCGGCUACACGUGUUACAACUGAUAUCUGACGGAUUUCUCAAAUAUAGAAAUGUCAGAUUUUUUGUUGAA